UCUUGUAUGGAUGGAACACAGCCGUUUAAUUUUCAAACCAUAAAUCAAAAUCCCACCUACUUCAGUUCUACCAUUCCCUACUCUACAUCUCCAAAUAUGGGCUGCUGCUUCAGCUCCACCUCCUCCACCAAACCCAAUCAUCCACCGUACCAACCUCCCAUUCUACGGUCUCACAAAACCCCAUCUCCUCCUCAAGAAGAUGAAGAAGAAGCUGUUAUAAAAGAAGUAUUGGUGCUUUCAGAAACACCCAAAGUACCUCACGAUAACCAACAAGAGAAUAUCACUCAAACUCCUCCACCCCUUCCGCCGCCGCCACCCAAAACCGAAACACAGGUUUCCCAUGCGACCAAGCAAAUACAACAAGAAGAUCAAGAGCAAGAAACCUAUCAUAUCUCUCAACAAUCAGAGAUUUACAGCGUCUCUGAAACCAUAACAACAACUACGACUACGACAGCAACCGAAUGCCUUGAUGAAGCAACGAGUAAAGACAACAGCAAACUCAAACAUAAGUCCCCAGCAAAGGCAAUAAAAAAACGUCCCGGUUCCACCAAUGGAGACCCUGCCAAUGUUCGAGCUAGAAGAGAAAGUGUCCGUGGUCGAGGACGGGGAUUAAGUGCGGCGAGGACUGUGCAACGUAACGUUGGGUCCAGGUCCAGGUCACCCGGAACAGGAAGAGCCGGUGGGGUGAGCCACGGUGCCGUCGGGAAGACUCCCGCGACGGUGACCGGCAAAACCGAUAAAAAGACAAGUAUUAGAGCGAGCGCGACAGUGGAGGGCCAGAGUAAGAGAGAGGAAGAUGGGAAAAAGGACGUAUCGGAGCAACAGGGCAUUUCAAGCUGCAAACCCAAAGCUUCUGUUGAAUAAAGUAAUGUCGAAUCAUCGUUUCAAGAUACACAAUUUU